UUUGUUGUGUCUAUUCAUUUGAUACGGACUCAACUAGAAACAUUCUGAAGAAAAAGAAGAAGACGAACGGAGAUAGGUGAAGAAUAAAUAUCGAUAAGUGAUGGUCUCAUUUACUUUUCUUCUUAGUUAUUCUGCUCUUUUGAUCGGACUUAUUUCAUUUGCUGCUGAUUCAAUUAACUAUGUAUUCACAUCCAAAUAUAUCCAGGUAUUUUUCGAUGAAUUCCAUCUACCACCGUCGUAUCUCAAAGUUGUGCAAAUUCUGUUUCUGGUAUGGAAUGCUGUAAAUGAUCCAAUGAUGGGCUAUAUGCAGGAUUUGGGAUUUUGUGGCAUGAAAUGGAUUAUGGAUCGAAGGAAGGUUGUCCUCUACGCGGGACCCGUUUUUGCAGCUUCUUUUCUGCUUUUUUGGUUUCCAUGGUCAACAUCAAUUGGAUGGGUAACAGCUCUUCACCUUCUUGUUUCUCUAUUCAUUUAUGAUACUCUACUCACUUUGGUUCUAUCUGCAUAUUGUGGAUUAUGUGUCGAGAAUUCAAGAAGUCAUGAAGAUCGAGUACGAGUUAUUGUAUACGGGGAAAUCUUUACAAUUGUCGCCGGACUUCUCAUUUAUCCAUUGGAAACUAUGCCACAUACAAAUGAACAUUAUUGGCUUUUCCAGCUAUGUUGUGUUGUUAUUGCGUGUAUUUCAGCUGCAUUAAUGGCUUUCUCUGGAUAUCAUUUGAAAGUUGAAAGACCAAUUAACGAAGAUCAUCAAUUGGAAAAGUUUCAAGAGGGUGAAGUAGUGAAAGAAACAAAACAAGAUGGAUGGAAGAACGCCCUGACAGUUUCUUUGCAAAUUGCAAAAGAACCAAGAUUCAUUUGCCUUGUUGGAGCUCAAUUCUUUAGAAUUCUCCGAUUUAUUGCAAAUGAAAACUUUUUGAUUGUAUUCACAGAGGGACUUCUUGUAAAUAAUGGUUUCUUUGAGAAAAACUCAGGAUCACUUGGAUUAUUUUACGUUCUUGCACGAUCCAGUGGAAGUAUAUUAUUCCUGCUUCUCUGGGUUCCAACAAAUCGAUUUGGAACUCAAGCAGUUAUUCAAUCUCUCAAUAUUUUAUCUAUUUUCAAUGUUAUUUUUAUUCUCUACGCCGGUGUGAAUAAUAUCACAGCAAUUGCAAUUUUUAUUAUUUUGGAAAACGCAAUUUCUCGUUGUGGGUGGCAAGGAUUCUACAUAGUUGUUGCUGGAGAAGUUGUUGAUACUGAUAUGAAAACAAAUAAUAGAAAAACACCAUUCUCAACAAUCAUUUUCACUUUGAAAGCUCUUUUCAACAAACCAGCUGAUCAACUAGCGCCUGUUUUCGUUCUCUCAUUAUUUUUAGAACGAGGUGGAUACCCACAAUUAACUGUUCCCUGCCAACAAUUUUAUGAAGAUAAUUAUUCAAAUUCAACAAUGUUCAAUUCUACAUCUAUGGAAAGCACCACGUUGUCUGGAUAUCCGACAGUAGCAGAAUGCACUAAUUAUUCACAAUGGAUGUUCUUGGCUCUUGCAAUUUUCCCUGCAAUCUGUGCAAUUGGAGAGUCAAUGUUUGUUGCAUUUGAUCAAUAUUGGAGAAGGCAUAUCAAAGGAAAGACUGGUCAUUUGGGAGAUGACUAAAUUUUUAAUUUCAUAUUUUCUUGAUCUCAAUAUACAUUUUUAGUUGUAAAUAAAUUAUCAAAAAAAUAAAUAACGAAAAUCUCUAAAU